AUGGAUUCAAUAACAACAAUACCUUCAACUGAAAUUACAACAAAUGACAAGAAAGGAGAAAUUGAAAAUCUCCGACCUUCUUCUAAGACACCAUUUAAAAGUUCUGAAGAAAAACUGGUUAUAGAAUACGUGCCUACGAAGACAAGACCAAUAGCCAAUGUUGAACUGGUUUCUACUGAUAAUGUCAAGACUUAUACAGUGCAAUUCUUUAAUGCAGAUGGAACCGUGACAACAAAAAAGGUGAAAGUUGGCGAAAAAGCUACAAGUGUUGGAACUAAACCUGACGUAAGAAAAGUGAAUGUAAUAAUCACACAAGAUGACAAGGAAGAUUCUUACAAACCUGUACAACUACAAUUGAGUGUCCAUGCCUGUUUUGAAGUCACUUCAACGUCAAUUCCUAGUACAACUACAGUCCCACACACGUCAUCAACGGGAACCAUCAAGGUCGAGAUUACACCAGUAACUACAUCUACACCAACAAUUUCAAGUGAAACGACUACAUCAUCAACGGGAAAUUGUGAUGCCCCACUUGGAUUGGAAUCUGGAUUGAUACCGUCGUCGAACAUUAAGUACUCCACUGCGGACAAUGACAGUGGCUAUGGUAGACUUAAUCAAACACCGUGGGUGUCGAAAAAGGGUUUUGAAUCCGGGUCUUACAUAGAAGUCUUAUUUCACGGUCAGAUUGGCGCAUUUUCUAAAAUCAACUUUCAAGGUGGAAGUAUUAAUGGUAUUGGUUCUGGAUAUGUAACCUCAUUUAAGAUCGAAGUUCGUGAACAAAAUGGAAAUUGGAAACCUGUAAAAGGCGUUUUCAAAGGCAGUCAGAAUGCUGACACAGUUAUCAGCAAACGAAUUUAUCCAAUGGCAAAUGGAGAUGGAAUCCGAAUAUACCCACUCACCUGGUUCAGUAGACCUUUAUUUAGAUUUGAACUCUUUGGCUGUAUGUUUUCAAGUAGUACAACCGAGAGUCUGAGUACACCAUUAUCAUCAGAAGAAAGUAAGUUGCAUAGAUGUUAAAAGAAACUGUUAAAUCUUCGUAUCCUAGUAAUUCAUUGAAAAUUAACGGCUG